CGGAGCUGGCUGGUUUGCUGAAAGGAGGGCUCCAUCACCAGCAGGCAAGUCAAGGCCUGCCACCAUCUCCUGGCUAUCUCUCUAACUGGAAACUACAUUCGGGCCCCAGGGAGCCCAUUAUGAGAAUACCUAUUUCCAUACACUCCCAGCCUACUCUCUAAACAAUUUGGGCCCUUGCUGAGGAAGACCCAAGAGACCCUGAAAUCUUUCCUGGGUGAUACUGAGAAGACAGUCCCAUGAUUUGGGUGGCUUCCUAGAAGAUGACCAUAGAGGACCUUCCAGAUAUUCCAUUAGAAGGAUAUCCUUUGAUUGGAAAAUACCCAUUUUUAUUUCCAGGUUCUGAUACACCAGUUAUAUUUUCCAUCUCUGCAGCACCAAUGCCUUCAGACUGUGAUUUUCUCUUCUUUGAUCCAAAUGAUACAUCAUGUCAGGAAAUUCUCUUCGAUCCCAAAACUUCUGUAUCGGAAUUAUUUGCCAUUUUGAGACAGUGGGUUCCUCAGGUCCAGCAGAACAUCGACAUUAUCGGAAAUGAGAUUCUUAAGAGGGGUUGCAAUGUGAAUGACAGAGAUGGACUGACAGAUAUGACCCUUUUACAUUAUACUUGUAAAUCCGGAGCUCAUGGUAUUGGUGAUGUUGAUACAGCUGUAAAAUUUGCAACUCAACUUAUCAAUCUGGGAGCAGAUGUUAGUUUGCGGAGUCGCUGGACCAAUAUGAAUGCUUUGCACUAUGCUGCUUAUUUUGAUGUCCCUGAGCUUAUCAGAGUGGUUUUGAAGACAUCUAAACCAAAAGAUGUGGAUGCCACUUGCAGUGACUUUAAUUUUGGAACAGCUCUGCAUAUUGCUGCCUAUAACUUGUGUGCAGGUACUGUGAAAUGCUUAUUGGAGCAUGGAGCAAACCCUGCAUUUAGGAACGACAAGGGACAGAUCCCUGUGGACGUGGUUCCAGACCCAGUGGAGAUGCCGUUGGAAAUGGCUGACGCCGCAGCCACCGCUAAAGAGAUCAGGCAGAUGCUGCUGGACGCGGCGCCUCUGUCCUGCGAGGUCUUGAAGCCCGUGCUGCCAAACUACGAGCGCGUGACCAGCAGGGCCACGCUCACCUCCCUUGGCCUGAAGCUGGGGGACCGUGUGGUUAUCGCUGGACAGAAGGUUGGAACAUUAAGGUUUUGUGGAACAACUGAAUUCGCAAGUGGGCAGUGGGCUGGCAUUGAGUUGGAUGAACCAGAAGGAAAAAAUAAUGGAAGUGUUGGGAAAGUCCAGUACUUUAAAUGUGCCCCAAAAUAUGGCAUAUUUGCACCUCUCUCAAAGAUAAGUAAAGCAAAAGAUCGAAGGAAGAAUAUAGUACACACUUCGUCUACAAAAGCUGCUCCUCUCAUACGGUCCCAGAAAAUUGAUGUAGCGCAUGUAACAUCGAAAGUAAAUACUGGGUUAAUGACAUCCAAAAAAGAUAGUACUUCUGAAUCCACACUUCCAUUGCCUCCUGGUGGAGAAUUGAAAACUGUAGCAGAGAAAGAUGUUACACUGCUCGGAUCCAUCAGCAGCUCCUCCUCUACAUCUUCCUUGGAACACAAACAGAGCCACCCCAAGAAGCCGAAUGCAAGUAGCAAUAACAAGAAGACGAUGAGCAAAAGCUCCUCUGUUUCAUCUCGAGCCAGUGCUGGUUUGAAUUCCUCAGCAACAUCUAUAGCAAAUAAUUCCCGCGGAGAGGGAGAACUCCACGUUGGAGACAGAGUGUUGGUGGUAGGCCAGAGAAUCGGCACCAUUAAGUUUUUUGGGACAACAAACUUUGCUCCAGGAUAUUGGUAUGGUAUCGAGCUUGAGAAACCCCAUGGCAAGAAUGAUGGUUCAGUUGGAGGUGUGCAGUAUUUUAGUUGUUCUCCAAGAUAUGGAAUAUUUGCUCCCCCAUCCAGGGUACAAAGAAUGACAGAUUCCUUGGAUACGCUCUCAGAAAUUUCUUCAAAUAAACAGAAUCAUUCUUAUCCUGGUUUUAGGAGAAGUUUCAGUACAACGUCUGCUUCUUCCCAAAAAGAGAUUAACCGAAGAAAUGCUUUUGCCAAGUGAGUAUUCAGAAGAUUUAGAAAAACACCUUUCAAGAUGAACAUGAUGGGAUUCUGUGAAGGAAGAGAAGUGGAAUUUUAUAUCUUUUGCAUUGCUUGGUAGCAUUUUAACACAUAGGAGAAAAGGUGUGAUGAGUGUAUUGAGAAGAGUUCUUCCUCCCUCCUCUGCAAGCGCAAUUAAAAAUGUCACCAGUGACUAAA